AUGGCUCCCUUAGGUGAAGUUGGGAGCUAUUUCGGUGUGCAGGACGCGGUACCGUUCGGGAACGUACCGGUGUUGCCGGUGGACAGUCCGGUGUUGCUAAGUGACCACCUGGGUCAGUCUGAAGCAGGGGGGCUGCCCCGGGGACCCGCAGUCACGGACUUGGAUCAUUUAAAAGGGAUUCUCAGGCGGAGGCAGCUGUACUGCAGGACUGGAUUUCACUUAGAAAUCUUCCCCAACGGUACUAUCCAGGGAACCAGGAAAGACCACAGCCGAUUCGGCAUUCUGGAAUUUAUCAGUAUAGCAGUUGGCCUGGUCAGCAUUCGUGGCGUGGACAGUGGACUCUACCUCGGCAUGAAUGAGAAGGGAGAGCUGUACGGAUCAGAAAAGCUAACACAAGAGUGUGUAUUCCGAGAACAGUUUGAAGAGAAUUGGUACAACACCUAUUCUUCCAACCUGUACAAGCACGUGGACACCGGAAGGAGAUACUAUGUUGCAUUAAAUAAGGAUGGGACUCCAAGAGAAGGGACCAGGACUAAACGGCACCAGAAAUUUACCCAUUUUUUACCUAGACCAGUGGACCCCGACAGAGUACCUGAACUAUAUAAGGAUAUUCUAAGCCAAAGUUGA